CCACAUCCGUCCGGAAUCCAACAAAACUACCUCUUUUCAAAACUACCAAAAACUUAAAAUAUGGCAUUCAUAAAUCUACCUUGCCUUCAUAUUCCAAAGCGCUUCAACAUAGCAGUGAUGUUGUUCAUGGCAUGUCUCAUGAGUUAUAUGAUGCGUGUAAAUCUUAGUAUUAAUAUUAUCGCUAUGGUCGAACAUACGGAUCCAAAUGCCACCGAACCGCUCCCAAAUUACGGUCCGCGCUAUAACUGGACUCAAACAGACCAAGCCAACUUGCUUGGUGCUUACUUUUAUGGUUACAUGAUUACUUCAUUGCCAGCGGGUAUGCUGGCGGAGAAUUUCGGAGGCAAGCCAGUGGCAGGCUGGAGCUGCUUAGGCGCCGCCGCGUUAACAGCACUGACGCCGCUCGCUGCAGCAUGGGACAAAUGGGCUGUAUUUGCCAUACGUUUUAUGAUUGGUUUCUUGGGUGGUGUUAUCUAUCCCUGCUGUCACAAUUUGGUCUCAAAAUGGUCACCGCCCGAUGAGAAAGGAAAAUUUGUUGCUGCACUCAUGGGUGGCACAUUUGGCACUGUGAUAACGUGGCCCAUUAGUGGCAUGCUCAUCGAAGGCAUGGGCUGGGACUGGGCUUUCUACAUGGUGGGUCUCUUUGUUUUAAUUGUUACAUUGGUUUGGUUCUACAUGGUCGCAGAUAGUCCAGCACAACAUCAGUCUAUAUCAGUCAAGGAGCGCGAAUACAUUGAAAAGAGUCUAGGCAAUACUAUCACCACAAAGAAGAGGUGGCCACCAUAUAAAAGUCUGCUUGUCUCACUACCCUUCUGGGCGCUUCUGUUCUUACAUUAUGGUAGCAUGUGGGGCUUGUUCUUCCUAAUUACCGCUACACCAAAGUUUCUCAGUGAAGUGCUGGGUUUCAACUUGUCCUCUGCCGGAUUUCUCUCUAGUUUGCCGCAUUUGGCUCGCUUGCUGUGCGCCUUUGGCUUUGGUGCCAUCGCCGAUCUCAUCCGCCGCAAAAGUUGGUUGUCUGUCACGGCAAUGCGCAAAGUUUUUUGCUUAUCUUCGCAUGUUUUGCCGGGUAUAAUGCUUAUUAUAUUGGCAUAUUUCGGUCGAGAUCCAUACUUUUGUGUCGCAAUCAUGACGAUCUCACUGGGUUUCAAUGGUGCGGCCACGUCUUCUAACUUGCAAAAUUCACAGGAUCUAGCGCCAAACUAUGCGGGCACACUUUACGGUAUCAUAAAUUGCGUUGGCACUACGCCUGGCAUUUUCUCACCAAUGAUUGUGGCUGCCUUUACUAAAGAAAGCAACACCAUCGAUCAAUGGCACUACGUCUUCCUGAUAGGUGCUGCAGCCUACAUAAUACCUGCGGUGAUAUUUUGGUUGUUUGGAUCUGGUGAAAUACAGAAAUGGAAUGAAACUGAUAAGAAAUCCCCAAAGAGUGAUACUAUUAACACAAAAUUGUAAAGAAAGUGAUAACCUAUCGGAUAUUCUGGUAUUAAGUAUUGUAAAUUUAUUUAUAGCGUAAGUUGUAAAAAUUCAUGUCAGUUGAAUAUUUUUAAAAUGUAGGUACAUAAAUAUAUAAUUAUUAAGCCCAUUUGUAGGGCUAUAGCUGCGUAUAUACAUCUAUAUAUAGUAUAUGCUGAAGUGAUA